AUGCGUGUCUUUUCUUUCGCACUCAUGGCUUCAUCUGCGCUCCGGAUACGUGCUGACGGCACCGUAAAGGCUGCUAGUCAUGAGACCAGGGGUCUCUAUGGCUCUGAUGUCAUCCACAAAACAUCCACUGGCCAAGACGGUAUUACUCCCGACAAGGUGCUCAACAUCAACGAUCCCAGCACCGAAGAGGAGAAAGCGUUCGAGAUGAAGCGGCUGGUUAAAUCUGUCGCGUGGGGGAUAAACGCACUGCUCGGCCCUUUUAAAGAACACAAACUUUUUAUAGCUCUCGAAGCGCUCAAGAAUAUGCACCCAGUGCUGGGUGAAGACACAACCGCGGCAGACAGUCCAGAGUUCAAGAAACUGAUAAGUUAUCUCGUGCAGGGUAACAAGGCGCUGCGCAAUGACUUGUUACGUACGCGCUCGGAUAAUCGUUGGCCAGUAACGAUCGCCCUGCUGAUAAAAUCCGACAUACCAAAUAUGAGAGUCGAGGGAGAGUUUUUAUUGGGCUCUUUGAUGGCCGAGUGGCAUCGCCAAGGAAUGUCAAUCAAUCGACUCCUCAAGAAACUCACGAAGCCGCAGCGUUCCAUCAUUGGAUUUACAGACUAUGACAGUCUGUGCCACUACGUGGUUUUGAGGUUUUGUCGUUUUGAGUUCAAGGGAAAGGGAAAGGGUGAUGCGGCGUACCUGAAGGCCAUAAUGGAAUUGCACGAAGGGAAGACCGGCUUCAUACUUGGGUUGCACUAUGUACUUAAAUAUUCAGCCGACAAAUCGCGAGCUCUUGAGCUAUUGAACAUGAUGCUGGAACGGUAUUCCGAGGCCGGUGUAGCUCCCAGUGAUAGUUUCCAACGGCUGAUGCUACACAAGUACAAGGGAAAGCCGUAUGACACAGAGCUCCAACCACUGUUGCAUAAGCACGUCUUCCGGCACAAAUACGCAAACAAACGGACACAACCCCUCUUGAAAUGGAGCUAA